AUGGCUCUGAAGAGACAGGAUGGUGGUCCCACGUACGGAUACUACGUGUAUAACAGCGAGGCAUUCGAUUGCUACCCCAAACAGGCCUGUGUCAGAAAAGGCAGCAAUUUCGGCUGUACAGCAGGAUCGCAACCGUUCACGGCUUGCCUCGAUGGCUUCAACUCAUCAUGCAGCCAAAGCAGCCAGGGUGUUGGCACGCUCUGCUGGUUCGUCUCAACUCAUAGUCCUUACUCUGUGUUGACAGAUUCGCCUUACAAUGUCUUUGUUCGUAUGCUAACGUGUCAUAACGAUAGCAACUUCAACACCGACUUUCCCCUCUGCGUCACAGCGAUCAAGCCGCUAACCUCCAACUCAGUUGCCACAAUCACUGGCUUCCUCUGCGGCAAUAACCGCGCCAAAGGCAACAAGCUUGUUCUCGAGACCACGGGCCAGUCGACGACAGCGGGAACUACCACAUCACCAUCGGGCUCGGCAUCAAACUCGUCGAUCACAACGGCGCCGGCCUCCACUGUCGAAACCAUUGCCACAGAGACGACGACAACAGAUCCUUCUCCGGCCUCUUCGCCUGCCACGUCUGUCGGCGCCGUUGUCGGCGGUAUCGUCGGCGGUCUGGCGGUCGUUGGUCUUACCGUGCUCAGUAUUGUAUGGAUCUGGCUACGCAACCGCCGGGCAAAGAGCGGGGCUUCUCCAAGCGUCAUGAACCAGCCAUAUGCCUAUUCCCCCAUGGCCCCUAUUGGCACCCCACCAGAACCUCGAUCACCUCCGUUGCAGUCCGCGUAUCACUUGAACUCCUACAAGGGUUACUACCGCCAGUCGGCCGUGGGUUCUCCUGGUCCUGAGAGCCAUUAUCGCUCGGCUCCCACGGUGACAAUUUACACCCCGACAGCCUCCGAAGCCCCUAACCAGCUCGUGGCCGUGUCGCACAGCUCAGCACCCGACGACAGCCGGCGCUUGUCCGACGUACAAGCCAUUAGCUCGGCGGGGACCAGCGACAACGCCACGGAACUCUCAUCAGAGAGAUAUGAUUGA